AUGGGGUCAAUUCUUUCGGCACCAAUUACAGACCAAGCGUCGGGGCAAGUCGACGGCGAGUCACUGAAGUGUGGGUACACAUCAAUGCAGGGGUGGCGAAGAACAAUGGAGGACUCUCACAUCGUGCAGCUUGACUUUCAAGUUGAAGGCGGCAAAAAAGCGUCAUUUUUUGGGGUGUUUGAUGGCCAUGGAGGUGAUCAAGUAGCUGAUUACUGUGAGAAAGUGUAUGUUGAUGUGUUACUUAAGUCUCCUGCGUUUAAAGCGGGUGACUAUAAAAAGGCGUUGAUAGAUACCAACAUCGUCAUUGAUGACUUAAUGAGAACAAAAGAUGUUAACACUUUUAUUAAAGGCCUUGGUUCUGGGGGAUCAAACAUCUAUGAAGGGAUGUUUGGGGAGUUAGUGGCCGAUGGGAUGGGAUGCACCGCUGUAGUUGCGUUGAUCAUAGAUAACAAGAUAUAUUGUGGGAAUGCUGGCGACAGUCGGUGUGUGUUAUUCAAAGGGAACAAAGUGAAGGGGAUGAGUGUCGAUCACAAACCGACUCUUCAAAGUGAGAUCGAUCGUAUAACACAAGCCGGUGGGACAAUAGAUGGGGGGCGUGUCAAUGGAAAUUUGAAUUUGACGCGAACAAUCGGUGAUUUAAUGUACAAAAGGCAGCCCGAGCUCGGGCCAGCUAAACAGAUCAUUUCAUGUUAUCCGGAUGUGACUGAGGAGCCUCUUGAUGGUACCGAACAAUUACUUAUACUUGCUUGUGAUGGUAUUUGGGAUGUAUUAACAAGUGAGCAAUGUGUUGAAAAGGUUGUCGAGUACCUCAAGACGGGACUUCCAUUGAAACAAGUCUGUGAGAAAAUAGCGGACGACUGUCUGAGUAAGGAACCCUAUAGUAAACCAGGGUUUGAUAAUAUGACACUCAUUGUAGUCAAGUUCAACGGAUAUGAAGUGGAAGUGAACCCGAAGAGUGUGGUCGUAGAACAAACCCCAGAGGGGAGCGUUGUGACAUCUCAAUAA